AUGGAUAACAGCAGCGGUCCUUUCCUCCUGCCUGCCYUGCUCCUGCUGCAGAACUCGAGCAGCCCCAAAGGCUCCAGCCCUGCUGCUGGCYCYGAGCUGGCAGAGCCCCCRGGACCCGGCUGGGGCAGGAACCUCAGCGUGGCCCAGGCCGGGCUGAGGCCGGGGGAAAUCGCCGCUGCCGGCGUGCUCUGGGCAGCGCUCUGGCUGAUCUCCGUGCUGGGCAACUUGCUGGUGUGCCUGGUGAUCCACAGGAGCAGGAGGACACARUCCACCAMCAACUACUUUGUGGUGUCGAUGGCGUGCGCGGACCUGCUGAGCAGCGUGGGCAGCGCGCCCCUGGUGCUGCUGCAGCUGAGCUGGGGCCGCUGGGUGCUGGGCAGCGGGGUGUGCCGGCUGGUGCGCUACCUGCACUACCUCACGCCCGGCGUGCAGAUCUACCUGCUGCUGGCCAUCACUCUGGAUCAGUGCUACACUCUGGUGCAGCCCCUCAACUCCAGAGUGACCAGGGACAAAGCCAGGAGAAUGACUCUGAUCUCCUGGAUCUGCGGGGCUCUCUUUGCAUCACCAGCCUUUUUCCUCUUUAGCGCCAGCAGUGAACACCACUGCAACUUCUUUCUCCCCGAUUCUUGGCAAGGAAAUGCCUCAGGUGUCAUCCACCUCUCGGUGCUGUUGUUUCUGAUCCCAUCCCUCCUCUUUGUCCUAUUCUACGAGAAACUCUUUAACUACAUUUGGAGAAAUGACACCGAGGACAUGGCUGGCAGGAGGACAAUGAGUCCUGUCUUAAGAACAAAAGGGAAAACUGUCAAGGUGUUCUUCAUCUUUGUGUUGGAUUUUCUCCUGUCCUGGCUCCCUUUCUUCACCGCACAGUUGUGGCACCCACAGGAAACAGACUACAGAAAGAGCUCCUUGCUUUUCCUGGUUGUCACCUGGAUCUCAUUCAGCUCCUCAGCCUCUAAGCCAAUCUUCUUCUACAUCUACAAUGCAAACUUCAGGAGAGGGAUAAAAGAAAUUUGUUGCAUGUGGAAACACCGCAGAAGCGACAUCUACACCAUUAGUACCAGUUCCAGGACAGCUGAGAAUCCCAUUGGAAUCACAGCCAUCCCAGAACCAGCCAAACCUCACCGAAGACUCCACCUCUGA